AUGAUUUGGUUCUUUCUCAUAUCAAUCAUUCAUAUAACUUUGGCAGAAUACUGCACUCAAGCUGACUAUUCAUUCGAAUUUACGGAAUGUAAUAACCGGGGGCAGAGAUGGCGUGUAGCCGUUCCUCGUGAUGGCCAUACUUGUGAUAAUCUCCCACCUCCUCAAACGGGAAUUAACUGCAGUUUCUCAUGUGCGCCUGGAAACUAUUUAGAUGUAGUAACACAGGAGUGCCGACCUUGUUCUCCGGGUAGUUAUAGUUUGGGUGGUGGUAUUCGCUUUGAGGAAUUUGUUGACUUGCCGCACGGUUUCUCCAUUGAGAACUUCGAUACAGAGUCUGAUAUUCUGUCAGAUAGUACAGUCUCCGUACAACCUCAAAAAUGCCCACCCGAAACUGGGUGGAUACUCAAGGAUGGAGAGCUAAUGUAUAUUCCAUCACUUUGCAUUUCUCGUUUAUCAUUCUCGGCCACGCUAGUACGGCCAGGAUAUGCAGAAUUCGGUUUUCGGCUUCCAAAACACAAUAGAGAGGCAUUUUCUUUACAAGUUGAAGCUCGGAAUCAACAAUGCCAAAGUUAUAACGAAGCUUUCCAAUCAAUGAUGAAUAAGUAUACAUCCAAAUCUUCCCCUACAAACGAUCAAACAACAUCCAAUGGAGAUUGGAGAAGACGAAGAAUCGAGUUACGCUCAGGUCCAAACGUCAUCAGUUGGACAGUUUCUUUUCGGAGCAAUGGCUAUCAGAAGAUAACAGAGCCUUUGCGAAUUUCUCAUAUUGAUGUUGUUGGCUUGGCUUUCACACGGGAAUGUACUUCGUGCCCUUCUGGAACUUAUUCAGACUAUGGAGCUGCAGAAUGCAAGCCAUGUAGUCCCGGAUACUAUUCAACAAAAGGUUCUUCAAGUUGUGGACGAUGUCCCGAAUCACAAUAUUCCGGACCAAAAGCAGAGAAAUGUGUGGACAGACCUCCCUGUCGUCUCAAUGAUUAUUACCCAGUAACAGAGCCUUGCCUUAAUGGGACAACCAAAACAAAUUAUCAGAAAGUGCAGCCGGAGAUAUGUAGAGAAGACUUUCCUUCUUCUGUAAAGACCCCGCCAACAACUCCAUCCCGCACAUGUCCAAAAUGUAAUCCAGGAAUGGCUAAAGAUGCUCAAGGCAAAUGCAAAUUCUGUAAAGCAGGAUUUUUCUCUGAUGGCAACGAAUGCAAAGAAUGUAUGGCGGACACUAUGCCCAAUUAUGGGUACCAAUUCACUCAGUGGGAAGAGAUGCCACCCCACAUAACAUCCAGAUGCGAAUAUAUUAAUGAAGAAGUCUUCCCUGGCUGUAACGUUAGUGAUGCUUGGCUGCCUUCUGGUUCAAUGCUCAUUUCUGCUCCUUCCCUCGAAAAGGGCAUCGCAUUAGAAUUAAUUGUUGAUGUUCCUGAAGGGUUUAAUGAACCAGCUCAUUCUCCAUCUGACUUCCUUGCUCUUCGAUCACCUAUCUCUCAAUUUACUGUUGUUUUUGAAACAACUUGUGCUGAUAGCUCAUGUGUUUUAUAUUUCUUCGAGGACUCAUCAGCGAACAGAAGAACUGAUUCUUACACUAAAUUACUGGCUGCGUUCAAUGGGACUCAACCUGAAAGAGUUUGGUCGUUGGCAAUUACAAAACCUAAUCCUACACGAUUUUUGGUUGCUUUCGUACGAAGCGGAGCUCCAAUGGGAAACGAUAACCCAUUAGAUUCAGCAAGGAUAAUCUCUAUUAGUUUGACAAACGUUGGGAAGAAGAAUGAGGUACAAGGUGGAGGAGCGACUGAAUGCCUGCCAUGCCCAAAGGGAAAGCAGAAUGGUCGUUGUAUUCCAUGUCCUUCUGGUCAUUUCAUGGAUCCUUCGAAACAUAUUUGUGUUAGUUGUCCAGAGAAUACAAUCGUUAAUGCCUCUUAUUCAAAUGGAGGAGAUGUUUGCAUCAAGUGUGGAACAAACUUGAAAUCUUCUGAUCGUAUAUCAUGCUCCACAGAUGGUCAUUUAGUCGUUCAACAGGCAAACAAAAGCUUAAAUUACGAUUUCUCUCAAUGGCUCAAUAAAACUUUCGUCGUGCAUGGAGUUAAAGUUUUUGCUCGGGAAGGAAUAUCCUACUAUCAUUCUUUCAAUUUUACCAUUUUCAACAAGGCCACUGUUCAAUGUGCUGUAGCUUUUGACGGAAUUAUUCCGGUUUACGAUCAGAUUAACGAGUCAGUCGAAGGAGCUGCUUGUCGCUUGACAGUUUUGCCAGAAACAACAGGGAACAAAACCUCAGUGGCAUAUGUUUCGCCUCUAUUAUUAGCGAAUCGGUUGGCAGAAAUAUCUACCAGAAAAGAAAGAGAUGGAUGGAAGUUGACUAAUCAGCUUCUUGAAUAUGAUGAUGCUGAUAACAGUAGUCGUCCAUUGGAUGCUCAUUUCUGGUUUGAAGCUGUUGGAGGAGCAAUGGAAGUCUGCCCUAGAGGCAAUUUAUUGGUUGUCACAAUAAGAUGCUCACCAACGCAUAAAACACCUAAUAUCCGAUUACCGAGAACAUGUCCUGAUGGUACUUGCGAUGGUUGUCUUUUCCAUAUCAUCAUUGAAUCAGCCCAGGGUUGUCCUGUUUGUGGUUCCGGAAGUUAUCAGAGAAUCAAAGGAGAGUGUGUAAAUGGCAAGCAAACUAUUCACUUCAUUCCUGAAAAACAUUGUGUACUUUCUGGUAAAGAAGCUGAAUCUCAUGAAGAGGAAUGUUCAGUUUUGAGCAAGUUUGAAAAAUUUCUAAUGGCCUUUGGUAUAGUAUUGCUCAUCAUAAUGAGUGUGACGUUAGUCAGGAUAUACAAACGAAAUAGAAGACUAGAGUAUCGGUACACACGUUUGAUUGAGUCUAGAAAUGGAGAGCUUCCUGCUGCUGAAACUUGUGGAAUUGAAGAUGAAGAAGAGGAAGAAGAAGAUCGUGUUAUGUUCUCAAAGGGUAAAAGGAAACUUUUUGGUUCGAAUAGGCUCGGGAAAACUGAUGGAGAUAGAAAAUCAUUUGCUUACUCUCCAUACUACUCUUCUUAUGGAUACGGCUAUCCUUCAACAUACUCUUCUUAUGGAUAUCCUUCAUACGGAUAUGGCAACUACUACGGAUAUGGACUUGGAUCAUACGGAUACUACGGAAAGAGAGAAGCUGGAUUUGGACCUGCUGCACCAGCCAACUGA